CCACCAUGCACCUGGAACUGCUGCUGCCAGCUGAGAAAUCGAGAAAUUUUAUGUUCUGCGAAUACUACCCCAAAUUGGAUUAAACUUCAUCGUAGGUUAUCCAGUUUUUGACCUACUUAUCUUCACAGUGCAGUCCAAUAGAGCGGAUUAUAACAUUAGUAAACGGUUAUCGUCAAGAGUUUGUAGCCAUGCUCUAGUGUCAGGCCCUCUUCAUCCAUGUAGAGUAGCCACCAAGACUAACAAAACAGCAUGCCAGGCCAGACAAAUGAGCCAACUAUUGUAGACGUGUGGGAGGCCAACCUAGAAGAGACUUUCCGGAAGAUUAGGGUCAUAGUGCAAAAGUAUAACUAUGUUGCCAUGGAUACAGAGUUUCCAGGUGUGGUGGCCCGCCCCAUCGGGGAGUUCCGCAGCAACUCCGAGUACCAAUACCAGCUACAUCGGUGCAACGUGGAUUUGCUCAAGAUCAUCCAGCUGGGCUUGACCUUCUCAGACGAGUUUAGCAACUUCCCCCCGGGGGCAGCGACCUUCCAGUUCAACUUCAAGUUCAAUCUUACUGAGGACAUGUAUGCCCAGGAUUCCAUCGACCUUCUAACCAACUCGGGCAUCCAGUUCAAGAAGCAUGACGAGGAAGGAGUGGAUGUCAUGCACUUUGCCGAGCUGCUCAUGACCUCGGGAGUCAUCCUCAACGACAACGUCCGGUGGAUCACCUUCCACAGUGGGUACGACUUCUCGUACCUCCUGAAGGUGCUGACGGUCUCCCACCUGCCGUCUGAAGAGACGGAGUUCUUUGAAGUCCUGCGCAUCUACUUCCCCCGCAUCUACGACGUCAAAUACCUGAUGAAGAGCUGCAAGGACCUCAAGGGAGGACUGCAGGAGGUGGCUGACUUCUUGCAGAUCCAGAGGGUGGGGCCGCAGCACCAAGCUGGCAGUGACAGCCUCCUGACGCAACUUGCCUUCUUUAAGAUGAGGGAGAGCUACUUUGAAGACAACAUCGAUGAUGACAAGUACUGCGGUCACCUGUACGGCCUUGGGUCGGGCUUCACCCAGAACGGCAACUACAAUGAUGAGGUGAACAACGUGACCACCAAUGCUAGCACGACGUAGCCCCGGGCCCAGUCCAAGAAUUCCUCUCCUCUGUAACAACUUUAGUCCCUCUGUGAGCACCGCAGUCUUGCUGGAAGACGGUCGGAUUUUCAAACUGAAUUAUUUGUUGGGGUGAAAUCAUCUUAGAUUUUCAGAAUACUGAGUGUACAUUUGAAAUAAUGGGUCAGCUUUGUGAAGUUUUAUUGUUGGUAAAAAAACUUUCCCCUUAAAUUGCCUCAUAAAUCUAUCAGUGAAAAGAUCUGUAAAACUAUUUCCGUUUGAAAUGCCCCACUUCCAGCAAGACGUCCGUAUUUCUAAGAAGUCUCGCCAUAUUUUAUGUCUUUGUAAAAUUUGGUUUCCUCCUGAUUAUUUUUAAUUGUUAGUAUUUUGUACCCAUUUCUUUAAUCCCCCCCCAUUGGAUAUUUGUUUAUGUUGGGUCAGUUUGUGAAUUCUUUCCAAAAAGGGGUAACAUCACAUCUGGAAGAAAAGAAAACUGAGAACCAUUUUUAAAGUACCAGCCUAUGUGUACAAGUCAUUAGGACUGAACACUUAAUGCUUUUUAAAAAAUAUUUUGUCCAAAUCAGCUCUGUUAAACCCAAAUAUGCCAAACGCCUACCUUGCAGGAGAUAGCUUACCAGAUCCAAGCACUUGGAAACAUCUUCAAAGAAACUAGUUCAAGGUUUUGCAUUCCGUUAUUGCUCCAAACUGUGAACAUGUAUAAAGUUUGUGCAUUUAUUCUACUUAAGCAAAGAAAGUGAAAUUUGAUUCAAAACCUACAAAUGGCCCAAAAUUGUAUCACGUCUGCUCCUGGUCUUUCCCUGAAAUACCACAAAGGACAUGAAAAGAUCACUUUUACACUAAUGCUUCAUCUUUUCAUCUCAGUUGAAUCUAGCUGUUGCCAUAAUGUCAACUCUUGGCUGUAUCAGGAAUAACUGAAAUGAGAUUUGGUAGUGUCCAAGGCAUUGUUCAGUGAGUCUGUUGUUUCCCUAUUUCUGACUAGUUCAUCCCAAAUCUGUUCCAGAGAAGCUUGAAGUACUUUAAGAAUGGUUCUUUGCUGCGACAGCAAAGUCCAUAAAUUUGUAGGCGUACACCAAGAACGAGGGUAGUAUGUAAACCCUGCAUGAGCUUAAUUAUUCCUUGGAUUUUUUUGGCGUCCAGUUUUACUGUUUUGCUUCUUUUUAGACUCUGUAAAGUUAUUGCCCAGAUUCUGCAGGCAGAUCUGGUACAUGUUGAAGGUAUCACCAGUGAUGGUAUGGCACACAUAGUUCUUGGGCCAUUCAGGGUUCUUAUCAAAUAAUACGAUGCCUGAAGGCAAUUGCAAGGUACCCGAGCAGGCCAGCAGUGUGCAUAAGGGAAGAUUGGUAGCUUACUUGAAACCUUGGCAUUUUUUGUGCAACUGUCGACUAAAGGCUGUGGUGUGAACCAGCACUGUACAUGAACUGUACAGCUGCUCCAGCAGUUGAAUUUUUAAAAUGUACCCAAGCUAGGGUGUGCUCCAUUCAUGCAGAUUGGGUCAAAGCUUUGUGCGCAUUCUGCUGAAAACUGCCAGUGUGAAAUACAUGCCACUUUGCGCGCUGGUUGAGUCAUGAGUAGGCUGCAGCCUGCCUUCUACACUUCUUGCAUAACCCCACCCCCACCAGCAGAUGUGUACAGUGUACUUGCAACCAGCAAAUUUUGGGACCAUGCAUAGUGCACACCUGUGUAUUUGCCAACAUCCAUACAUAAGCGUUGCCAAAAUCUACGGCCAUCAUUCCUUCACUGUGCUGUAAUUCUGUGAGUUCUACUGUGCAUGCAUUCAGUAGGAGCUUGGCCUGCUUAAGUCUGGGAACUGUACUGAAACAUUUUUUGAACAACUAACCCACACUUGGUGCUUUUUAUACUGUAUGUAUUAAUCAUGUACCAGUUGGCCUUACCUGAAACUGAGAGCGGACGAGCUCUUCCACCACACCAAAUCAGGGAAGCUGAAAUAAUUUGUUACAUUUGGUUGGCACUGUUGUGAAUAACCGGUUAUGUCAGUGAGUUGUUAACGAAUGUCAUCACACCCUAAAAACUGGAAGACAUUUAUAGUGAGAAACCAGUAGUAUGCCGUAUCCACACACCUUAUAUGGACAGACUCAACUGAUGCCUUGUGGUACAUUGGUGGGAAGUUUUCCUUUCCAGAAAAUUACAAGUUGAGAAAUCUUGCCAUUGUAAUCUGCAUGUUUACUUUUUAAAAUUUCUUUUAAAAAAACGAAGUUGUUCAGGUAAUAUGUAAUUGUUGGAGACAUACUUUCACUCAUGAUUUUGUCCAGACACGAAAUAAUUGUCUUGGUCUACUUCUGUGAUAAGUAGAAGUUUGUGAAAAGCCAAUCAUGGCUUUGGAGAGAGUUGUCUUGUAGAAAGUCCAGCUUUUCUCACGCCCUUAGCAGAAUGGAACCAGUAUUUGCCCUACAGAUACAUUUACAUCAAAUGAGAAUUAGGUCCACUUUAAUAUUCUUGAACAAAAAUGGUCAACUCUCAGCAAGCCUUCAGUUUUGGAAUCUUAUUUCCUUCAGAACAGGCUCUUCAAAUUACUGGUUACUGUCUCAACUUGACAUGCAUAUCAUGUUAGCACCAACCAAACACCUUUUUAUGUCAUUUUUGUAACUUGUUUUCUUAUUAGUCAAAACCAUGGUGGUCAUCAGUUCCAAUCGACUUUCAUCCAACCAUUCCAGGCCUCGUAUAUUUUCUACUCAACACUUAGGGUUAGACAACAGUACUAGUAACUUGCUAAUUUCAUUAGUAAUUUUCAACAUGGUGCAAAAUAACUGUUCAUACUGCACUGUUUUAUCAAGGCAAUGCAAAAAAGACAUUUAAAAUGGUGUGCACUUACUAUAGCAAGUUUUUAAACUGUACCACUGCAUAUGUUGUUAUAAUGUUGAAAAUUUAUGAUUACUAUCAUUUGUGGCCUGUUGACCAUGAGCCACAAUGAUGUUGGAUACUUUGGAAAUGAUCUCAUCAUCUGCCAUGUACCAAUGGGUACUUUUCUGUGGAGAGCUGAAAUUCAGACACAAAUGAACUCGUCGCGCCCCAGAAAUUGACUGGACAGUGUAGUACAGUGUCAUCCACGUUUGUUUGUUUCACAUGUAGGAUUUGGUGCAAUAACUUUUAUGAGCCGUCUUAUUUUUCCUGUGUACCCUUUGUGAUUUUUUUUAAAUCAAUUGCUAGAAUUAAGUACUGGUAUUCUACAUGCAUAGGGACCAAAAGUCAUCAUGAAACUGACCCCGCCCCCCAUGUUACUAUUAUUGAGAGGUAUCCAAAUCUUGUUUUAUGACCUGUAAAUAAAUAUAUCCCUUCGUAAGAAAUCA